AUGUCGCUGCAGGACGUCCACGAGUUAUAUGCCUCCUCCUUGGACCAGAUGGAAGGUAGCGAACCGGAGAGACGGUUCUGCGAGGUGCUGAGGAUCUGCUCACAGUCUGCCGUCUUCUUCCCUUUUCGUCUAUCUUUGCCAAUGGUGUUACGUCUGCUGCCAUUGCUAUCACCACCACCACCACUGUUGGAGAACAGCACUUUGACCAGUUUCAUACUCAGCUCCUUUCAUCGGUUUAUGUCCUGCACCGUGCUCUUUCCCAAAAAGUCGCGACGACUGCACACGAAAAAAGGGUCAUCCAAAGAAAGGGCAGCUUACCGCUUCUCGAUGGAGACUUUGCUGAGUGAUGAGUUUUGUAGAGCGGAGCGUCUCAUUGGAAUCCACUGUCCUCAAUGUCGUAUGGCGAUGACGGAAACAGCGACUAUCUGUGUGUUUGCACAGCAAUUUGUGAAGAAGGCUCCAACUUCCUUGGAAUUGGAGGAGCUAGCUGACGGUGUGCAAGCACGUCUCUUGUAUUUCCUUGCUUUUGAAGCGAAAUAA